CUCCUCCCCUGACCUCCAACAGCCCCAGCGCCCUCCCCCGACGCGGGCGCCGCCGGCCGCCACCUCCGUCAAGGUCACCUGACGCAGCCCGGGGCCAAGGCGGGCGGCGCGGGGCCACAGCGCCCGGCGUGCGCACCGAGCUCGGGCCUCGCCUCCCCGUGCGCGCCGGCGCGCUUAGCGGACGGGCGGUCCCCGCAGCCGGCGAGGAGGGACAUCCGGCCCGCGCACUUUUCCUUUCGCGGCCCGCCUCGGCCCCGGCGCGUCGCGUCCGGAGGCGGCGAGGAGGCGCGGCCCGACGGCGGCUCCGUCAGCCCCCAGGUACGUCGGGCCGUUCUCGCCGCCGCGCCCCAAAGCUCCCCGCAGCCGUGCGCGGGGGUGCGCUGGGCGUCGACGCGGGCGCGGGGGACCCUUGCUUCCCUCUCGCCUGCGCGCGGGGCCCGAGGCUGGUUGGCCGGCGGGCGGGCUGGGGUUGGGGGGAGAGCACCCGGGGAACGAGGACCCGACCCGAAGCCCCGGUCUGCACGCCACCCUUCUCCCCGAGCGGGGGCGACGACGGUCAGGUUGGACCACUGGACCAUGUCACGUGUUUUGUGGACAGUAUGGGUGUUGGGGGCUGUAACCAACCUCUCCAAGGAAGAGGCCCCUGAUCAGGCUUCUUCUCUGUCCUGUGACCCCACUGGUAUCUGCGACGGCCACUCCAAAUCUUUAAGCUCCAUCCCGGCAGGGCUCACGGCAGCUGCGAGAAGCCUCGACCUCUCCAACAACGAGAUCGCCUCCAUCAGCGCCACUGACCUGCGGGGCUGUGUGAACCUCAAGGCUCUGAAGCUGGCGUCUAAUGGAAUUACCACGAUAGAGGAAGAAUCUUUUGCUUCCCUGCAGAGUCUCGAACACUUGGACUUAUCCUAUAAUCUCUUAUCUAACUUAUCAUCUUCCUGGUUCAGGCCCCUUUCUUCCCUGAAGUUCUUAAACUUACUGGGAAAUCUUUACAAAUCACUCGGGGAAACACCUCUUUUUUCUCAGCUCACAAAUCUGCGAAUUCUGAAAGUAGGAAAUAUUGACCACUUCACUGAGCUUCAGGUAAAGGAUUUUGCUGGACUCACUUUUCUUGAGGAACUUGAGAUUGAAGCUUCAAGUCUCCAGAGGUACGAGCCAAAGAGUUUGAAGUCAAUUCAGAACAUCAGCCACUUGGCUCUUCGUAUGAAGCAGCCUGUUUUACUGCUGGAGAUUUUUGUAGAUCUUUCAAGUUCCUUGAAACAUUUAGAACUGAGAGACACUCAUUUGAACACUUUCCGGUUUUCAGAAGCAUCCAUCAGUGAAACAAAUACACUGAUUAGAAAGUGGACAUUUAGAAAUGUGAAAGUCACCGAUGGAAGUUUUAGCGAAAUUGUGAAACUGUUGAAUUAUGUUUCUGGAGUGUCAGAAGUCGAGUUUGAGGACUGUACCCUGGAUGGGCUUGGUGAUUUUGACGUACCCGGUAGUGACAAAAUUAAAAGUAUAGGUGGGAUAGAGAUAUUAACAGUACGGAGGUUGUAUAUUCCAUAUUUUUACUCAUUUUACGAUAUGAGUAGUAUCUAUUCACUUACAGUAGAAGUUAAAAGAAUCACAGUAGAAAGCAGUAAGGUUUUUCUGGUUCCUUGUUCACUUUCACAACAUCUAAAAUCACUAGAAUAUCUGGAUCUCAGUGACAAUUUAAUGCUUGAGGAAUACUUGAGAAACUCAGCCUGUGAGCAUGCCUGGCCCCUCCUGCAAACCUUAAUUUUAAGGCAAAAUCGUUUGAAAUCAUUAGAAAAAACCGGAGAAACUUUGCUUACUCUGAAAAACCUGACUAACCUUGAUAUUAGUAAGAAUAAUUAUGUUUCUAUGCCUGAAACUUGUCAGUGGCCAGAGAAGUUGAAAUACCUGAACUUAUCCAACACGAGAAUACACAGUGUCACCCCUUGCAUCCCCUGGACACUGGAAAUUUUAGAUAUUAGCAAUAACAAUCUCGAUUCAUUUUCCCUGAUUUUGCCACAACUCAAAGAACUUUAUAUUUCCGAAAAUAAGUUGAAGACUCUACCGGAUGCCUCCUUCUUACCCAUGUUACGCGUCAUGAGAAUCAGCAGAAAUAUAAUAAGUACUUUCUCGAAGGAGCAGCUUGAAUCUUUUCACACACUGGAGGCCCUGGACGCCGGCGGUAACCAUCUCCUUUGCUCCUGUGAAUUCCUGUCGUUCACUCAGGAGCAGCGAGCGCUGGUCCAGAUCCUGAUCGACUGGCCAGAGAACUACCGGUGUGACUCUCCGUUCUCUGUGCGCGGCCGGCGGGUUCGGGACGCGCAUCUCCCGGCCUCUGAAUGCCACCGGGCAGCUCUGGUGUCUGCCGUGGGCUCUGUCCUCCUCCUGCUACUUCUGCUCACGGGGGUCCUGUGCCACCGCUGCCACGGGCUGUGGUACCUGAAGAUGAUGUGGGCCUGGCUCCAGGCCAAAAGGAAGCCCAGGAAAGCGCCCCCCAGGGACCUCUGCUACGAUGCCUUUGUGUCUUACAGUGAGCGCGAUGCCUACUGGGUGGAGACCGUGAUGGUCCAGGAGCUGGAGCACUUCGACCCUCCCUUCAGGCUGUGUCUUCAUAAGCGGGACUUCAUCCCUGGCAAAUGGAUCAUUGACAAUAUCAUCGACUCCAUCGAGAAGAGCCACAAGACCAUCUUCGUGCUGUCUGAAAACUUCGUGAAGAGCGAGUGGUGCAAGUAUGAGCUGGACUUCUCCCAUUUUCGCCUCUUUGAUGAGAACAACGAUGCUGCCAUUCUCAUUCUUCUGGAGCCCAUUGAGAAAAAGGCCAUCCCCCAGCGUUUCUGUAAGCUGCGGAAGAUAAUGAACACCAAGACCUACCUGGAGUGGCCCACAGAUGAAACUCAGCAGGAGGGGUUUUGGUUAAAUUUGAGAACAGCAAUAAAGUCCUAGAUUCCUUCAUGAAAGGCCAGUCUGGGUCUGGUGGAGGUCUUUAUGUCACUAGUGGUAGCUAAGUCCAUUCUGACACAGUUCUAUGCAAACUACACAAAUGCACUGUCCUUUGCAGACUUGCUUACUAAAACCACUAAAAUUGUUCAUAUUUUGUUUUAUAAAAACUACCAGAUUGAAAAUAAAAGGUUCUUGGUUUUUCUUUAUCCUGUGAGAUAAUCAUGAUCUAAGUGCAUUAUUGACAUCAGAAUUAUCUGUAGCAAUUGGCUUAGUUCAUUAGGAAAUAGCACAAAUGAACAGAUCUCAUAUGAAUUCUUGGUCAGUUUUCUGCAAGGACUCUUAUCCCCGUAGAUGGCAUUCUCUACCCCACUUAGCUGUCUCCUCUCUGUGUGACUCCUCUCAAGAACAACAAGGGAAAAGGUUGGGGAACUCAGCCAAAGUUGUUGCUAUUCUGAGAAAAAAAGUGCCUUGAAUCCCCAUUAAACUUUACAGGAUGCAAAAUACCUAGGUGGUGUUUUUACGUGACCUGGGUCUGAGUGUUGGAUAGGUUUCUCCAGUCCCAGUCACUUGAGAGAGGAUAUAGAACACACUAAACAGUAAAUUAUAUCUUUCCAUGAAAAUGAAACUAAUGAAGUACAGCUGACCCUUAAACAACGCAGGAGUUAGGGGCAGUGACAUACCCUCUCCCCGCUGUGCACUCGGAAAUUUGUGUAUAUAACUUUUGACUUCCCAAAACUAACUACUAGUAGUUUACGGUCGACCAGAACCCCUGCCGAUAACAUAAACAGCCGAUUAACACACAUUUUGUGUAUGUAUUAUAUAUGGUAUUCUUACAGUACAGUCAGCUAGAAAAAAGAAAACGUUAUUAAGAAAAUCAUAAAUCGGGCGCCUGGGCGGCUCAGUCGUUAAGCGUCUGCCUUCGGCUCAGGUCAUGAUUCCAGGGUCCUGGGAUCGAGCCCCGCAUCGGGCUCCCUGCUCGGCGGGAAGCCUGCUUCUCCUUCUCCCACUCCCCCUGCUUGUGUUCCUUCUCUCGCUGUGUCUGUCUCUGUCAAAUAAAUAAAAUCUUAAAAAAAAAAAAAAAAAAGAAAAUCCUAAAUCUGCGCAUAAAUGGACCCACGCAGUUCAAACCAGUGCUGUUCAAGGGUCAAGUGUAAAUAAAAUAACUCAGUUUAGAGGACUUCCAAAGAAGCUCCCACAUCCCUAACUCUGAUCUUCCUUCAGCCUUCCUUCAGCAUUCUGUGUGAAGUUCUGAUGAGUUUCUAGUUACUCCAUCUUCUAAUCCAUUUCCCUGCCGCAUCUUGCUUUUUUUUUUCUUCUGAAAGUAUUAUUUCUCAUUCUCAAAAAGCCUCUUUUCCCCCCUCUGAACAUUUACAAAAGCACAUGUGAGCUAAAUAGAUUUUUAAACAAGUAUAUACCUAGUGAUUCCUCAAAAUGACCCCCAAAAUAGUUGAUACACAAUAAUUUAAAGAUAGAUAUUACGUCCACAUGUUAAUUUUUUUAAAAGAUUUUAUUUUUAUUUUUGCGAGAGAAUGAGCAUGAGCCGGGGGGGGGUGGGGGCGGGGGCGGGUAGCCGAGGGAGAAGGAGACUCCGCUGAGCAGGGAGCCCGAUGUAGGACUCGAUCCCAGGACCAUGGGAUCAUGACCUGAGCCGAAGGCAGACGCUUAACCGUCUGAGCCACCCAGGAGCCCUCCACAUGUUAAUUUUUAUAAUCUAGAAUUCUACAUUACGUUUAAUGCAAUUAAUUAAGCUAAGGGCUAUUUACUGAUUCAAUGGAAAUUUCUUCUUAAACUGGGAACCACUUGUGAAAGGAAGCAAACUUCCUCUGACCUGCUCUGUUCUUAGCCAGAACUGGGUUUGUGUGGUUGAUUGGGCUCUGGAGUCAGAAAAACCUGGGUCAGUAGAUGUGUAUCUUUGGGCAAGUCCCUUAACUGACCCCAAAUAUUUUUCUGCCCUUAGAAUAGGAACACUAGUAUCUACAUCAUGUAGGUCUGAAUGUACAGUAGUUUAGGUAAACUACUGAGCGCGUGCCCCUUGGUUACCAUCCCCUCUGGAAGGUCGAGGGGGGCAAGAGGACCAAGUCUUUGAGAAUGGGAACCAUGGGUGCUAGCGUGGGGUGACAGCAGUGACUAUAGUAGAUGUUAGCUACUAUUUUUUUUCCAAGAAGUGGUUUGUCUUCUUAUAGAUUAGUUUGUAAAUGUAUAUUUUUCUGUUACGGGUACUAGCAGUGAUACAAGGGACCCUGUUUUUUGCAGAAAAAUACUCCAGAGAAAUAAGUUCAUUAAGGGCAGAGCAGUUUUAGUCCUGGGGAAACUCACAGAGUCUUUCUUCUCUCUCGUACCAACUCUUGGGAAAGUGUUAUGGAGGAGAUAGUAGCCAGCCUAAGCAAUAAAAUGGACAAGUUCAGGAGAAGGUAGGGUGUUACAAAAACCAAAGACAAUAAUGGACUUCUUGCUUUAUUUCUUUAUGUCUUACAUUUAAGCACGAUGUUAAUUAUCAUGAGAACCAGACAAAUUUAACAUAGACUUGGUCUGUAGAUUUAUUUCCAAUAAUUUAAAUAGCAAGAGAAAGAGCUCCAUAGUUAGUUGGUAGAUUGAAAGUAAUGUUAUAAAAAUAAUCUUUAUUUUUCUCAUCGCAGAUGUUAAACAUGUUCACCAUAGAAAUUUUGGAAAAGAGAUAGGAGCAUAUAAAGAAAGUAAGAAUCCACUCUUAUCCCUUCACCUUGGGAGAACCACUGGUAACUGUGUAGUGUAUAUAGCUCUGCAUAAUUUUUUCAAUGUAUAUGAACAUAUUACCUUACAAAAUUGGGAUUAGAUUUUAAAUACCUUAACUAUAAAGAAAAUAGCAUCUUUGUUUUGUGUGUGUGAGGUUGUUUAGUGAUUAUCCAAAAUUUCUGAACUCUGAGGGUCAUUCAGAAUUCCACAUAGAUACAUACUGGUCUAAUUGCCCAGAGUUCUAAAGGGUUCUAAAGGCUACCUUCCCAUCCAAGUACUAACCAGGCUACCCUCAUGCAGCUGUCCAUAAAAGAUAAAUGGGAGGGGCGGCCCAGGUGGCUCAGUCGGUUAAGCAUCAAACUCUCGAUUUUGGCUCAGGUCAUGGUCUCAGGGUCGUGAGAUUGAGCUCCACGUUGAGCUCCUCGCUUGGGUCGAAGUCUGCUUGAGAUUCUCUCUCUUCCUCUCCCUCUGCCCCUCGCCCCCUGCUCGCUCUCUCUCUUAAAAAAAAAAGAUAAAUAGGAAAAUACAUCAGAGGUCAAUUUAAGGGCUCCUUCUUUUAUAGAAGAAAAAACUUUUAGUUAAUGCUUUAUCCAACAGUGAAGACUUUUGUCAGUAGACUAUAAGCUCAGGAAUCUUGUUUUAUCUCCUUAAUCCUUGCACAUGCCCGGUAUAUAAUAUGUAUCGAACUAUUGAAGUAUUUGUUGAGUAGAGAAAUAAACCAGAGUUAAAUCUAAUAAUCUGGAUGGUGAACCAGUCAUAAUACUGAAGUACUGAGCAGUUUCAAGAAGGAAUAUUACCAACAGGUAAAAAUCUUAGCAUGAGUUAUCUUCAUUACAACCGUGAUAAGACUUUGAAGAGCAUUAAGUUAAGUACGUUGCCUAGGUUUUUGACAAUAGGUGUGUUUCCUUUCUACUUCAUGUAAGUGUAAUGUCUCCAGGUAUGCAGAAUAGAUGUCUGAUAUUAGGUAUACAGUGGUGGCUGUUUUAACUACUCACCACCAGUUUAAAACCAAAUACAUUUUGGGAGGCCAAUGUAUUUAUUGCUCUUGAGUUAAUUCUUUCUGACCGUUCUUUCCUAUUCCAUUACUUUUAUCCCUUCCUGCUGGAUUAAUUCAUUCUUUCAACAAAUAAUUAUUGAGUGCCUACUAGAUGCCAGGCUACUCCAUGUGCUGGAGGUACAGCAGGGAACUAGAUCCCUAAAAUUCUCUGCCUUCACGGAGGGGAAACACACAAUAAAAAAAUAAAUGUAUCAUAAUGAGUUCAGGUAUUGAUAAGCGCUAUGAAGAGAAUAAAACCAGAGCACAAUGGAAGAGAGUGGUUCUCCUCCCCUUUAGUGCAGCCCUAUAUGGGGCAGGUGCACUUGGCAGGCCCAGGGAACGCAGCGCACCUCCAGCCCGGCCUGUUAAAUGGGCUGUGGCACCUAAUGCUAGACUUUUCCAGAAUAACACCGUCUAUGCCGAAGGGCUUUCUAGUCAAAGCCGCCAUGUGGUGACAAGCACAUAGAGCAGAGAAGACCAUAUCCUGAAGCUGUAGAUUACAUAACAACUCUGCCUACUUCGUUGAAGAUGUUGAACUCACCAGAAGAUAUUAGCUAUCACUAAAGGUUGUACGUAAAGUACAUUAUCAGCCAAAUUAGAGGUUGGGUGUCCAUGGUGGGUUGUAACAAAUGUGUUGCAUGGAUUAGAAAAUGAUCACAAUGGGAAAGAUGCAAAGUAUGCUGUAUUUGUUUAUGUUGUUCAAAAUUAAAAUCAAACACAGAGACCAGAUUUGAAAACUCCCUGAGUGGACAAAACCAGUUUAGUCUUUUUUUUUUUUUUAAGAUUUUACUUAUUCAUUUGAGAGAGAUAGAGAGAGCAUAAGCCAGUGGGGAGAGGCAGAGGAGAAGCAGACUCCCGGAGUGGGGAGUCCAACACGGGGCUCGAUCCCAGAACCCCAGGACUAUGACCCAAAGGCAGAUGCUUAACCAACUGAGCCACCUAGGUGCCCCCAAACCAGUUUAGUCUUACAAGCAAAGCUUGAUUUAACUUAUUUUGCAAGACAAGUAAGGCUAACUUGAUCCGGGUACUUCUUGCUUAGGCCUCUGAAAAUCAUAAGCAAGACUUAAAUUGUUUUCCCAAAAUUGAUAUGAGGUGAUCACUAACCAAUUCCCUUUCAUUUAAGAGAAUUCCAGUAUUAUAACCAAUCACUGUGAAGAAUACACAGUCCCUGCGUCUGCACUAUAUAAGCUGUUGCCUUAACAUACACCUCUGAGCUUCAUUCUGUGUUUUUGUCUGAGUGCUCUUGGUUUGCAAACGAUCUUUCUGAUGUGUGCACAAUAAACUUUUACUGAUUACUACUUUA